AUCUCCUGUAUUCAUCAUUUAGCCAAAAAAGAACAGAAUGAUAAUUAUCAUCUUCUUCCUUCAAGUUUGACUUUCGGGGGCUGUGAUUCAACUCUAAUUUCUUGGAAAAGUUAAAUCGGAGAUACAAUGGCAAGCCGUACCGGUGAUCUGGUCCAGGAAGUACCGGAAGCUCACAAGCUCGAUCUCAAGGCCUUGUUCCACUACGCCGCCGCUAAUAUCCCCGAUUUUCCUCCUCAUCCUUCCAAUUUCAACGUUUCUCAGUUCGGACAUGGACAAUCGAAUCCAACGUAUUUGAUUGAAGUGGGGACAGGAGUGUCGGUGAAACGCUACGUUUUGAGGAAGAAGCCGCCGGGGAAACUGCUUCAGUCUGCUCACGCCGUGGAAAGAGAGUUUCAGGUUCUCCGGGCAUUAGGUGAUCAUACAGAGGUGCCAGUUCCGAGGGCUAUAUGUUUGUGUGGUGAUUCCAGUGUGAUUGGAACUCCAUUUUACAUCAUGGAGUACUUGGAGGGACGGAUAUUUUUAGACCCCAAGCUACCGGGUGUAGCACCAGAGAGGAGAAGGGCAAUAUAUCGAGCAACUGCAAAGGCGUUAGCUUCUCUUCAUUCUGCAAAUGUGGAUGCUGUUGGUUUGGGAAACUAUGGGCGCAGAGAGAACUAUUGUAAACGUCAGAUAGAGAGGUGGUUUAGACAAUUCCUUGCUUCCACUAGUGAUGGAAAACCUGAGAGAAAUCCAAAGAUGUUUGAACUGGUUAAUUGGUUACGGAAUAACAUUCCUUCUGAAGAUUCAUCUGGAGCAUCGUCAGGCCUAGUUCAUGGAGAUUUUCGCAUUGAUAAUCUUGUAUUUCAUCCCACUGAGGAUCGAGUGGUUGGUAUUCUAGACUGGGAAUUGUCUACUCUUGGAAACCAAAUGUGUGAUGUUGCAUAUAACUGUUUGCCAUACAUAACUGAAAUUAGUCUUGAGAAAGAUCAGCUGGGUAAAGGUCUUGAGGUGGCUGGAAUUCCAGAAGGGAUUCCAUCACAGGCUGAAUAUCUGGCAGAAUACUGUGCUGCAGCUGGAAAAAGGUGGCCGGUUGCUGAGUGGAAAUUCUAUGUUGCCUUUUCUUUCUUCCGUGGAGCAUCAAUCUACAUAGGAGUAUAUAACAGAUGGAUUAUGGGUAAUGCUUCAGGAGGUGCACGUGCACGACAUGCAGGGAAUCAAGCUAAUGGUCUCAUAGAAAUUGCGUUGGCUUUUAUUGCUCGAGAUUCCGUGCUUCCUGAGCGUCCUCCCCCUGUUGCGCAAGAUAGAAAACAAUAUGGGAAUCGGGAUGAUAUUCAAAGCCUUUCAGAGGACAGUGGGAGAUUUGUUCCUAGUAAAAGGGUCAUGGAAUUGAGAAACAGAUUGAUCAAGUUCAUGGAAGAUCACAUUUACCCCAAGGAAAAUGAGUUCUACAAACUUGCCCUUUCUGACUUACGUUGGACUGUUCACCCAGAGGAGGAGAGGCUGAAGGAACUUGCAAAGAAAGAAGGUUUAUGGAACUUGUGGAUACCUUUUGACAGUGCUUCUAGGGCAAAAAAACUUAUUUUCAAUGGGGGUAAAGAUGCUCUGCUUAACAAUACACAAGAUCAUCUGCUAGGUGCAGGCCUUUCAAACCUUGAAUAUGGAUACCUAUGUGAGAUUAUGGGUCGCUCUAUUUGGGCUCCUCAGGUGUUUAACUGUGGUGCACCUGAUACUGGGAAUAUGGAGGUAUUGUUGCGCUAUGGGAACAAAGAGCAACUCCAUGAGUGGCUUAUUCCAUUGCUUGAGGGGAAAAUCCGGUCUGGAUUUGCAAUGACAGAACCCCAAGUUGCAUCCUCUGAUGCAACUAAUAUUGAGUGUUCUAUUAAAAGACAAGGGGAUUCGUAUAUCAUCAAUGGGAAGAAGUGGUGGACAAGUGGAGCAAUGGAUCCAAGAUGCCGACUUCUUAUUGUCAUGGGAAAAACAGACUUCACGGCCCCUAAGCACAAGCAGCAAUCCAUGAUCUUAGUGGAUAUCCAAACUCCAGGUGUAUCCAUUAAGAGGCCACUCACAGUAUUUGGCUUUGAUGAUGCACCUCAUGGGCACGCAGAAGUUUCAUUUGAGAAUGUUUGUGUUCCAGCAAGAAACAUACUACUGGGAGAAGGGCGUGGAUUUGAGAUUGCCCAGGGAAGACUAGGACCAGGAAGAUUGCACCACUGCAUGAGAUUAAUUGGUGCCGCUGAGCGUGGCAUGCAGUUAAUGGCCCAAAGGGCACUUAGUAGGAAAGCUUUUGGAAAAUUGAUUGCUGAGCAUGGUUCAUUCCUUUCAGAUCUUGCAAAGUGUCGCAUUGAGCUGGAGAGAACCAGGUUGUUAGUUCUUGAAGCAGCCGAUCAGCUUGAUCGCCUUGGAAAUAAGAAAGCCCGUGGAACCAUUGCAAUGGCCAAGGUAGCAGCUCCAAACAUGGCACUGAAGGUGCUUGACAUGGCAAUGCAAGUACACGGAGCAGCCGGGCUAUCAUCAGACACUGUUCUGGCACAUCUCUGGGCCACAGCAAGAACAUUGAGAAUCGCAGAUGGACCUGAUGAAGUGCAUUUAGGAACCAUUGCUAAGCUAGAACUACAGAAAGCUAAGCUUUGAACUAUUUCACAAAGAAAAUGAGAAAAGGAGAACAUUAAUUUUCAUUUCCUUCAGUUACAAUGGGUAACGGAUGAAGAAUAAUCCAUACAACGGAGAUUUUAUGAUUGUUGUAUUAGAUCUAUAUGAUCAAAAACACAAGGGUUGCUCGUGUAUUGUCAAAGAGAAUAAUAAUAAGGUUAUCUCCAU